AUUGACGCAUUUCGUUGUUGUUUAUACGCGAUCCGCAAUAUCAAUCGGCCGUGCUUUGGUUCCCAUGGUAACGAGGCGAAAGUUUGCAGAGCACUUGUCUGGUCGAGUCAAACAAUGGAUUCGCACAAUUGUUGAUCAGCGCGCGUCCGACUUUCCCUUCUUGCAAUUCGAGCUUAUCCAAUUAGAAUCUGCUCGCUGCUGCUGUUGCUGUUACCGCCGAAGAUAUUCGUCCUGCUGUUGCUGCUGCUUCUGCUGCAGGUGAGUGAGUACCAGAAAGGGGGGUCUUCUCUUUCGCUAUGAUCCAGCAGUGCCGCUGCCAUCGCCAUGGGUGCCUGUCUGACAUUGGAGCGAGAGGAGGACUUGGCGAGGCGUCGCAGCGAGGAGAUCGACAAGCAGAUCGAGGAGCACGCCAAGAAGAAGAAUAACGUCAUCAAGAUACUGCUGUUAGGCGCCGGAGAGAGUGGCAAGAGCACCCUGGUGAAACAGAUGAAGAUCAUACAUGCGGAUGGCUUCACACUGGCAGAGCUGAGCAGCUUCAGACCCACCGUCUUGGAUAAUCUGCUGGCUUCCAUGAAGUACGUCCUUGCUGGUAUGGGACUGCUGAGAAUCAACUUGGAAUUGUCGCGGAAUAAGGUGCAUGCACAGGUGGUGCUGCAGAGCAGGAGCUGCUUCGACAUGAGUUUCACGGUGCUUCCGAACGUCGCGGCCUCCUUGCAAGCGCUGUGGUCGGACCGUGGCGUGAGAUUAUGCGUUGCCAGGGGAUACGAAUACGAGUUGAACGAUUCGGCACUCUAUUUGUUCGAGAAUAUGGAGAGGAUUUGCGAUCCGAAGUACAUACCGACGCCGACGGACGUGCUGAGAGCCAGGGUUCGAACCCAAGGUAUAAUAGAGACGCAUUUCCGUAUCAACGAUAUGAUCGUCAGUAUGUACGACGUCGGUGGGCAGAGGUCUCAGCGCAGGAAAUGGAUCUACUGCUUCGACGACGUCCGGGCCGUACUUUUCGUCGUCUCCUUGAGCGGUUACGACAUGACACUCUUGGAGGAUUCGUCCGUUAAUCGCCUGGUGGAAAGCUUGAAUCUCUUCGGGCAAAUCGUCAACAAUCCAUUUUUCCGCGAAGCUUCCUUCGUCCUCUUCAUGAACAAAUUCGAUCUCUUUCGGGAUAAAAUUCUGCACUCCAACAGGCAUCUGCGUCUCUACUUCACCGAAUACAGAGGACCAGACAGGGAUGUGGACAGAGCUGCACUCUUUAUCCAGCACAAAUUCACGAUGCGCAGCACCGACUCGAGGAAGGUGCUCUAUCCACAUUUCACCACUGCCACGGACACGGCCAACGUUCAGGUCGUCUUCCAGGCGGUCAUGGAGAUGGUCAUCUCCGACAAUCUGGGGCAAGUGACGUUACUCUGAAGAUUUCCCCCCCCACAUCAAAAUGGACCAAUCAUCAUCAUCAGAGGAUAUAGUUUAUAUAAGUAACAUUUAAGCAUACAGAGUUUCUCGCUUCUUUAAGCCGACGCAUCCGCUGCAAAAGUUAAUUAAUAUUGAAAAGAAAUUGCGGAUGUUGGCUUUACGCGCGAAGAUAUAAAACAAACAAAAAAACACGUGAUUUACGUACCUUGAACCGUUUGGAUCUCAGAUCGUUAGUAAUUUAUGAUGUGUAUAGAUAUUAUUAUUAUUAUUGUUUAAGCGCGGAAUAUUUAAUAUUUGUCGCGCUCGGAUUUCCUUACUUUUGUACUUUCUGUGAUAGACACGUGGCCUUACUACUACUACUACUGCUAAUCAUGAGUAGUAAGAGAUUCAUUAUUUCAAUCGAACGCGAAGAUUGUUUUAUAUUUAACAUUUAAGAGUAUCUAGUUUUAAGCUCGCUUCACAUGAGGAUAAAGAAAAUGUUUCGAAUUAGAAUUUGUAGUGUCAUGAGCAUAUAUGAGAUAUUGUUCAUAAGUGCCACUUGCUCGUGAUGACCAAUUGAUAUGUAAAGCGAUUCAUCAUAGACAAUAAGGAGAAUCUCACCACUUCGACUAGCAAUCGGUGAGCAAUGUACAUAUACUUCCAUGUUUACAGAUAUUAAGAAAU